CUGCCCUACCUUACCAGCCGCAAACUAACCUAAGGAAGUAGCAUACCUACUUUACAUGCCCGCGCUACGACAGGAGACAAUAACUCAUCUGUUGUCUGUCCUUGUCCACCUGACUUUAUCCAUCUUUUCCUAAACUCGGUCACCCUGCCUCGCGUUGCCGUUCCUUUCAUAGCUCGAUUUUUCACACCCGCAUCUGCUAAGCUCUUCUUUAUCCUUUGUAUCUUCAACCUCCUCCAUCGCCAUCAGUCUCCUUGACGACGAGGCGGGGAUUGGAGCAACAGAACCCCACUCACCUUGCUCAUCAACUCUUCCCGGCCCCUUCAUCGCUCCUCAACAUUACGACAUCGUGAAUCUCCAAAGGUGCUCGACAUCGGCCUUCAUUCGCGAGAUUCCUGUCGCAUUUUGAUUUUCUCCGGUCUCUUAUUAUAUUAAGAAUUGGACCCCUGUCCCGUGCCUGGUCCCCCCCCCUGAUCUAUAGAGAGCCCUACAGGAUAUCGUCAUCCUGCUUGAUCAUAUCUCAGGUCGAAAGGGUCUAGCUACUGGGAUUCAGCACAAUUGACGACGAGUAACCUUUCCUCAUUCGCCCCGCGAUACCCCUCACCUGCGUUGACCUUCAAUACUCGCAGAGAUCGAUUCUCUGGCUGUUGUCGAUAGCUUUAUAACACAUCUGAAGAAAACAAUCUUUGUUCCAACUCUAAAUCAUGUCUGGGCCCUUUUCCAGCCCCUUUGGGGAGAACAGCAACCCUUUUGGGACAGACAGGGGAAAGAGGACGAACAACGCAAUUCAUGCUGUUGCCGAAGAAGAUGAGAACGAUACCAUCACAUCUCCUACAAACCCUCGAUUUGGGGCUUCACCAAACUCCGCCUCCAUGUUCUCUGGCCCUUUCGGUGGUGGCUUUGGGGGUGACUCUUCAUCUGAGGCACCUCCAUCGGGUACCCUCCCAAACCCUGAUAGCUACCCUGCUCAGUACAAUUUUGGUCGCCGAACAUCAGUCUCUGCCGAAUCUCUGAAGCCAAGUGCUGAUUCAUAUGACAAUUGGUCACCACCUUUUCACGAGAAGUCUGCGGACCAGCUUGAGCGUCUUAAACGUGCUAUUGAAGGAAACUUUCUUUUCAGCCAUCUCGAGGAUGAACAGAGCGCCCAGAUCCUCGGUGCUCUUGUUGAAAAGCCGAUACCAGCUAAAGGUAUCAAGGUUAUUAGCCAAGGUGAUGCGGGGGAUUAUUUUUAUGUCGUCGAGAAGGGAUCUUUCGACGUAUAUGUCAAUCCUAGUGGUUCGCUUCAACCCGGUCCGGAUGGCAUGGGUAACCAAGUCGGCAACAUUCAGGCUGGUGGUUCGUUCGGAGAACUGGCACUGAUGUACAAUGCGCCUCGAGCUGCGACGGUUGUCUCGGCUGAGUCCGGUUGCACUGUAUGGGCACUCGAUCGUGUUACCUUCCGCCGUAUUCUUAUGGAGUCGACGUUCGCUCGGAGACGCAUGUAUGAGAGCUUCCUUGAGGAAGUUCCACUUCUUGCAAGCUUGAACCCAUACGAGCGCUCCAAAAUUGCCGAUGCCCUUGAAACAAAGAAAUUUGCGGCAGGCGAGGUCAUCAUCAACGAAGGAGACCCCGGCCACGCAUUCUACCUUUUGGAGAGUGGUGAGGCAGAUGCUUACAUUGGACAGCCUGAUAACAAGGUUCGCCAUUACAAGAAGGGCGAUUACUUCGGCGAGCUUGCCCUGCUUAAUGACGCCCCGCGAGCAGCUAGUAUCGUUGCUACGUCUCCAGUCAAGGUUGGCAGUCUGGGCAAGAACGCUUUCCAGCGACUUUUGGGCCCUGUGGAGGGCAUCUUACGAAGGACCAAGUAUCAGGGUGUUGCAACCGGUGUCGAAGAGAUGGAUCCUCUCCACACCGGCUAAGUCACAAGGGAAGAUAUAUGAAAGCAUGAAACUGAGGUUUGUUGGACACGCCGGUAAUCUCAGUCACUGGUCUUAGUAGUGCUGUUGGGUUCGCCUUGUGCUGGCUGGGUGUAAAUGUUGAUGGCGAUGCGCCUCGGGUUGGAUUGAGAAAUGGACGACGGAGGAGUUGACUUUGACAUGGCGUUUUGUGAGGUUUUCUACCACCUUCGCUUCCCUGAGACAAGUAUUGCUAGUGAUCAGAGACCUUGGUUGAUAUCAAUAUCAUUAUGCUAUAUCUCUCCACACCAUGAGCAGUAGAAGGCAACGAGACUGAGAUUGGAAGUAGCCAUUGACGAGCAAUCUGUCAAAUUAGGGAAAUUCCUUGAGACUUUAGUCUAUGUGGCUUCCUUUAUUAAAGACUCUAUUGCAAAGAUAAUGUUGGUAUC